AUGGCUUCCAAGACCAAGUACCAGGCUGCGCCUCAGAGUGACCCCGACGACGACUACACCCACGCGCCUCCCGCCUACGCUGAGGGUUCCGCCGCUCGCGAUGAGACACAAGGUCUUUUUGGUGCGCCCCGCGAUAGCGAGGACAACCUCCCUGAUGACUUCAAGUUUGGCGGUUCUGUGGCUGAGGCUACCGUCGAUAUUCGCAACCAGUUCGUUCGCAAGGUCUACACCAUUCUCACUGUUCAGCUCCUUGCCACUGCUGGAGUGAGCAGCCUCACAUUCUUCAGCACUGGCUACAAGGACUGGAUUCAGAGCCACCCUGCUGUCGUUUGGGCCUCGCUCUUUGGUGCCAUGAUCUUCAUGGGCUUGACCUACUGGAAGCGCAAGUCCUACCCGACCAACCUUCUGUUCCUGUCUCUCUUUACUCUCGCCGAGGCCUACACCAUCUCUGUUAUAGUGUCGUUCUACAAGACGUCCAUCGUUCUCAACGCUGUUGUCCUAACCGCCGGUAUCUUUGUCUUCCUUACGCUCUUUGCUUGCCAGACCAAGUACGACUUCACCUCAUGGAUGCCUUAUCUCUUCGGUGCUCUUUGGGGUCUUGUCAUCUUCAGCUUCAUGGCUAUGUUCUUCCCUUACAGCUCCACCGGCGAACUCAUCUAUGGUGGCCUUGCCGCUCUCAUUUUCAGUGGCUACAUCCUGGUCGACACCCAGCUUGUCCUUCGCCAUCACCACGUCGAAGAAGAGAUCGCCGCUGCUAUCAGCCUGUACCUCGACAUCAUUAACCUCUUCCUUGCGAUUCUGCGCAUCCUCAACAGCCAGUCUAACAACUAA